AUGUCUCAGCAAUCUUUAAGUGAUCUAUCUUCAGAAUAUUCUUCAGAAGAAUUUGAAAAAAUAGAAUCAUCAUAUUUAUAUGAUCAGUUACAAGAUCUCUUUUAUGACGGAAGAGAUGAUAAUGAAACUAUUAUUAAUACAGUUUUUGAUUUUGUAAGAUCAAAUCCUGAGAAAUAUAGAUUUGAUAUUAACUGGUGGUCUGUAAUUAAUGAUUUGAAACCUCAAUAUGAAUUAGAAAAUGAAAAGGAUUUUAUAUUGAUUAAAGAAGAAGUUUAUGAUACUAUUUUAGGUUAUUCAUCUGUACUUGAAUAUUACAACACUGAUGAUGAGUUAAAGAAAUAUGAAGAAUUCGAUAAUUUUAAUUAUAUUGUUAAUCGUGAAGCUAUGCGACUAUAUAGAGAUUCUAAACAACAAGCUAAAUUGAGAAGAACAUGUAGAUUAUUUAACAAUGUAUGUUUAUCUUAUGAUAUAAACGAAGUAAAACAUGGAUUUUAUGAGUUUGUAAAUGAGUGGAAAGUGUUAAUUUACAGAUUCAAACUUACUAAGAAUAAAAAACAUGUAUGGAUAAAUCUUGAAGACAGAGCAGAAAAAAGAGAAUUAAUGAGAGACAAAGAAGUAAACUAUUAUUGUAGAGGUGUUAAUCAAAAUGUUUAUUUGUAUAUAUGUGAACUUGCUAAAGUAGAAGAGUUACAUAUGAAAUGUUGUGAUCUUU